UACUGCUCAGUGUCCACCCUUUCGCCCUUUUGUUCGACCUCUGUCUCUCUUCCGUCGACCACCCACACCGAGUCAAGCCACGACCACCACCGUCCAGCCGCCGGCGUCCGGCCACUAUCUGUCUUCCUUGCUGCUUCCAGGGAUCCUCCGGACUUCCAGUGAUCAUUGUUGAAACCUGGAAUUUGUCAAUGGCACUAUCGAACUUCAUCCUCACAGUGGCUGGUGUAAGUGCCGUCAUUCUCCUCCUUAGGAGCGAUGUGAAACAAUCGGCUUCCAUAUUCAGGCGUAACGUUCGGCACAUUCGGCAGUGGUUGGAGGAAGAAUCUUCUGCCGCUUCCAAGGCAGCUGAAAAAGUGAAGCCUAAAGAACUGGAAAGGUCAAUACCUGAAAAAGACGUCCCCAAGGAAAAGCAUAAGGAUUGAAAAGUAUUGUACGGAAUAUAGAGUUCAAAUAAAUCUUUCAAAUCUUUUUGGCCUUGUACCUGGCAAUUGGCAAGUAGUCUGUUUAUAAUCUAUGGGAAAGGUGAUACUUUAUUGAA